AUGUCAUCCUCCAAAGAUCCCGCCGAUCCACUUCGGUUGGAAUCCAAAUUCCAAAAACCCGCCAAACAAUCCGUGUUCGAGAAGCAAAAGGCUGAGGCUGAAGCCAAGCGUAAGCGCGAGGCUGCAGAAACCGCUGCCGUAUACGAAGACUUCAUCAAGAGCUUUGAUCACGACGAGGAUGACCAUGCAGAGCACAGCGCGUCGGCGCAGCGGAAUCAGCGGCCUGGGUUUGGCAACUUUGGCGGACCGCCGCCGCCCUCGGGUCCCAGCGGCGCAUCGCGGCGGCACUUUGGCACGUCGUCGGGGAUGAAGAGCGGGCCAGGGAGCUUGGGGAUGCCGCCUAUGCCGUUUGGAAAGAAACGGUCCUUUAACGACUUUUCUAAAGAAUCAGAGGGCAGAGCAACGUUGAAAUUCGAGGACAAGAGCGACGAUGAAGAGAUGGUCGACCGCGCCGAGGAGAAGGCUAUAGCGAGGCCGACUCUACGGCUGUCUAAUCUACCUCCAGGAAUCUCCCCCGCCACAAUCAAAUCGUUGUUACCUACGAACCUGACGGUCGAAAAUGUCAAAAUUCAACCUCCAGCCGGGCCUGGAGGGUCUGAGAGGAAAUCUACGGUUGCCAUCGUGACCCUGUCUAAAGAAACUCCUGCAACAGAUAUGGAUUCUGCAGUAAGCUCGUUGCAGAACCGAUAUAUGGGCUACGGCUAUUAUCUAUCACUCCAUCGCCAUCUUUCCUCUGCCGUUAGCAACUCUACGCUAUCGGGGCUGGGUUCUUCUGGCUCUUCAUCUCAACCUUUUGGGGCAAAGGCAGUAGACCAAGAGUCUGGAGCUGGGCACAACGAUCAUUCACGCCAUGGAUUUCACCGGGGAUUUGCCCCGCCGUCUUCAUACUCUGGCGGACAAGGGGGUGUAAAUCGGACUGGCCUGUUAUAUGUGCCUGUCAAACCACCUCAGGAUAUUCGAAUGAUUAGACUCAUCAACAAGGUGAUUGAAGGUGUCCUUGAACACGGCCCGGACUUUGAGGCUCUACUCAUGUCCCGUGCAUCAGUUCAGAGAGAGGAAAGAUGGGCUUGGCUAUGGGAUGCAAGGAGCCAGGGCGGCGUUUGGUAUCGAUGGACGCUUUGGGGAGUGAUUACUGGCUCACAUUUACAAGAGAAGAAGGGCAAGUAUGUCCCGCUCUUUGAUGGAGGCCAUGCGUGGAAAACACCAGAAACCGGUCUUCGCUUCGAGUAUACCACCAGGCUGGAUGAGUUCGUUUCAGACGGGGAGUAUGAUUCUUCAGAGGAUGAAGACUUUGACGGAGACGCAAACCGUGACGGCGGCCCAACUGGCGAAGAGGAGAAGACGUUUCUCAAUCCACUGGAAAAGGCCAAACUAGUUCACCUUUUAUCCCGCCUACCCACUACGAUUGGCAAGGUUCGCAAGGGAGAUAUUGCGCGAGUAACGGCCUUUGCCAUUACCCAUGUUAGCCGCGGUGCUGAUGAGGUUGUCGACUUGGUCGUCUCCAACAUUGAACGGCCGCUAUCGUUGGCGGUCACCAACCAAGAUACGAAAAAGGAAGGCAAAGGAGAGCAGCAAACUGCAGGCACCGAAGAAGGCACCGUUGCUGCAAGUGAAAACACAGACGCAAGCGCGGCCACCUUGGUUGGCUUGUAUGUGACAGCCAUGCGCUCCAGGAAGGUGUUCGAACGCCUAGGCAUGAUGGCUGAAAAAUUGGGCUGGGGUCGACUACGUGCGGAAAAAUGGAAACGAAGCGUUACCCUUGUGCUAAACCUAUGGGAGGGAUGGUGCGUCUUUCCGGUAGAAAGCCAUGCACUGUUUGUGAGCGCAUUUGAAAAUCCACCGACGCUCAAGGCGCAAGGAAAGGUUGAUGACUCCAUCAAGAAGGGGAAAUGGAAGGUCGUCGAAGCCAACCAGACCGCCCCCACAACGUCUGAGCCUGUUAUUACUGGUGAUGCCGACGUGACGGCGCAGCAGCAGCAACAGCAGGAGCAGGAGGAAGAAGCGGAAGAGGAGGAAGCAGUAGGCGAGCCUAUCGAAGAAGAUGACGUUGAUGGCGAACCCCUUGCAGAUGAAGAUCUCGAUGGAGAACCGAUUGAGGAUGACGACGACGACGUAAUCGGAGAACCUAUGGAUGAAGACGACGAUGAAGACGUGGCUGAUGUUGGUAAAAGUAACGAGGCUGAACAACAAGGCGGUGAUGAUGCAAAGGCUGCGGAUACAUCAAACGAUGUGGAGGCAGACCCUCAGGCGGAGUCGCACUCUGCAGGUCGAGGCCAGCCUAGAAGGCGAAUGCGAGCGGCCGAUAUGUUUGCUGAUUCGGACAAUUCGGACGGCAACUAG